AUGCCCAUACCUUUCAACGAGAAGAACAGCGGACUCAAGGAUAAGGCAGAAGAAGCAUUGACAAGUAAAUCGUCAUCAGCAGCAAAACCAGCCUCUCCCAACAACAGCAUUGUGGAGACAUCCAACAUGGCAGGUUUGACACUAGCGCCUCGUCGACAAGGCGAAGUCCAAGAACACGAUUCAUUUGAGCACCGCGGUUUGCGACCAAAGCUUGUCGCUGCGACAUUGUCGCAAGUAGCUAUCCUUCCUAAAAAACACGUCGUAGGACAGAAUUCCGGCCACGGUGGUGGGGCUGGUUCAGAAUUCCCGAACAAGAAUGAUGCCACAUCGACUGUUUCGUCACAUCAUUCGAAACCCAAGCCUUAUCAGUACUCCACAUCAUUGCCGCCAGCGGGGCACUUGCAACCACAGACUUCAAGAUCGAAAUCAUCUUCUGUGUCACUGACACCACAACAAGCAUACAGAAAGCUGCCAUCAUCAUCAUUAUCAGCAGCAGCAGCAUCUUCAGUCACAAAACAUCAGCAACCAAACUUUGCAUCUCUCUUUGCGGCUGCCAGGAACAAUAAACUACAAGAACAACAACCGCAACAGCAACAACAGCAAGAAGAUACCAUGUCAGUAGAAAAGGUUCUCCCUGAUCAACAAGUCAAGUCGGCCAAGAAGGCUCGCAGGAAACGAACACCUCAGCAACAGCAACGGGGACAAACCUCGGGACGAUGGACCAAUCAAGAACACCAAGCCUUUUUGGAUGGCCUUCAAGAAUUUGGAAGGGAAUGGAAAAAGGUUGCCACUCGCAUUCCUACUCGGACGUCGGCUCAAAUCCGAUCUCAUGCGCAAAAGUACUUUUCCAAGUUGCAACGAGAACAAGAAACCAUUCAGAAUCUCUCUUCUCCUGCGGAUCAAGGCCUAAUGAUGAUGGAUCAUUCGUCCUCGCAAGAAGACCAACCGAAGCAACAGGCACAACCGCCACAUUCGAUUGCUCCCUCGGUUCAAAAGAACAUUGAGCGUCUCAUUGCCGAUCCCCAAGCUGUUCAACGAGAAGUCGAACAUACUCUUCGGGCUCUGCAAGAACGUUAUCGUCAGCUUCAGGCACAGUUGCAACAAAGGCAACAGCAACAGCAACCACAGAACUUGCUAGGUGGUCCGCGCAAACCAAUGCUAUUGCAACCUCCUCCUCCCGUUGUCGCAGCGGAAGAAGAAGAAGAAGAAGCCAGUUCCACUGGAUCUCGCAAACGUUCUUACCAAGACAUAGAAACAUCUACUGUUGCUUCUAGCCAGCAAGAGCAAGAGCAACAAAAACAAGAAGCUUCUUCUGAUGAUCAGUCCUCGGUCACCACCAACAUUUCCGCAUCGGUGGCUUCUUUGGACAAUGAAGAAUUGAUUGCCCUUCAUGUGCUUGGUGGAGCCUUGCCACGCAAUGAAUCCAAUACCAGCAUUGCUGACUUGUUUGCCGUGGCAUCGGUGUCGAGAAGACAAGACUCAUCUGCACCGGCCUCUCCUGCCUCUCCACAAAGCAAUGCCAUUGUGGAUGCUUCCAUGUCAUCGUCACCGAAGGACCACAAGAAGUAA